AUGCCUCUCUCCGAGCCGCCCAUCCUCGCCGGCAAAGACGACGCCGUCGUCUCGGCCACCUGCACCGCGCACGGCCUCAGCCGCGCCGAGUUUGACGCCCUGCGCGCCGCCGCCGUCGAGGCCAAGGACGUCGCCUACUGCCCCUACAGCCGGUUCCGCGUCGGCGCCGCCCUGCUGCCGCUGCAGGCUCUCCCCGCCGUGCACGGCGGCUCGGCGCCGGUCGUGAUCAAGGGCUGCAACGUGGAGAAUGCGAGCUACCCCGUGGGCAUGUGCGCGGAGCGCGUCGGGUUCGGCGCCGCGGCCGCGCAGGGCAUCACCAAGUUCAAGGCGCUGGCGGUGGCGACGGACAUUUCGCCCCCGGCGAGCCCGUGCGGCAUGUGCAGACAGGCGAUUCGCGAGUUUUGCCUGAGUGACAUGCCCAUCAUCAUGUUUGACAAGAACGAGGACUACGUCGUCCUGACAGUGAACGAGAUUCUACCCAUGUCUUUUGGCCCGGAUAAGCUGCCUCCGCCCGGUGCCCCCGGCACAUGA